GUAAAAUGGCAAACGUCAAAGUGACAUCUGUGGGGUCGUUUCGCAUCCUUAAAAAACUAUUUUCGGAUGUAGAAUACAGUUAAAGAACAGAGGUUUAAAUGGUUACUAAGACAGUCUGACCCAAUUUUUUGACAUUUACAAUGACGACAUUUGACGUUUCUCGAGGAAAUCACGAUUUACGUUUUGUGGAUAUAUCGUGCCGGUUUAUAAUUAGUUCUCGUAUCGGCUAUUGAUUUUGUUCAUAAAUAAACCUUCGGAUCCAGAAACAAACCGCAUACCGCAGGAACAAUGGCAGACAAUGUUGAAUCUAAGCCUAAGACCGAGGCUGUAACUCCUGAAAAAGACGAUGAGCGGUGCGAGGAGGCGUCCCCGCCACCUCCACCGACGCCGCCAGCCGCGGAAGAGGACACUCAAGAAAUCAUUGUCGUAAACGAACUCACUAAGGAACUCGACUUGAACCAUGGCAGGAUUGGAAAAAUUGAAAACCUUGAGGACUUGCGACGGUUAGAAAGGCUCUACCUCCGCUGGAACCUCAUAAAGAAGAUAGAAGGGCUCACCAACUUAACCACGUUAGUAGAGUUGGAGCUGUAUGACAACCAGAUCACAGUUAUGGAGAACAUGGAGACACUUGUCAACCUCGAAUUACUAGAUCUGUCCUUCAACCGCAUCAAAGAGAUCCAAGGCCUGGACAACCUCACAAAGCUAACCAAGCUCUAUCUCAGCUCAAACAAGAUCACUGAAAUCAAGAAUGUGAAUCACCUCACUCGACUCGAGAUGUUGGAGCUGGGAGAUAAUCGGAUCAGGGAAAUAAAAAACCUCGACGGCCUAGUCAACCUCCGGCAACUCUACCUCGGCAAGAACAAAAUCACCAAAAUCCAGGGCUUAGAAUCCUUCGCAGAGCUCUCGAUCCUCGUCCUCCAAAGCAACCGCAUCACCAAAAUGGAGAACUUGGAACCGCUGGUGAACCUCGAUCAGCUGUAUUUGUCGGAGAAUGGCAUUGAGAAGAUCGAGGGGUUGGAGAAUUUGAGUAAUCUACAGACGUUGGACUUGGCGCAGAACAGACUCACUUCGAUUGAUAACUUGACGCAUAUGAUUGAGCUGGAAGAGUUGUGGCUAAACGACAAUCAGAUUGGUGACUGGGCAGACGUGGAACGUCUCCGGCCUAACGACAAACUGAUCACAAUUUACUUGGAGCGCAACCCCGUGGCCUCGGACCCUGCCUACCGACGCAAGCUGAAGCUGAUUAUCCCCAGUCUGCACCAGAUCGACGCCACCCUGUGUAGAUAAGCAUAUACUUGCUAAGUAAUCCCAAUCAUGAUAUACUUGGGGUGCAACCCCGUGGCCUCCGACCCAACAUACCAACGCAAGCUGAAGCUAAUUAUCCCCAGUCUGUACCAGAUCGACGCGACCUUGUGUAUACUUGCCAAGUAACCCCAAUCACGAUAUACUUGGAGCGCAACCACAUGCCGUCCAACCCUACCGACGCAAACUGGAGCUCAUCAUCCGCAGUCUGCACAAGAUCAACGCCACCCUGUGUAGAAAAGUGUAUGUGCUAAGUAACCCCAACAUACUUGUAGCGCAACCUCACGGCUUUCGACCAAGCAUACCGACGCAAGCUGGAGCUGAUUAUCCCCAGUCUGCACCAGAUCAAUGUAACCCUGUGUAGAUAAGCACAUACUUGCUAAGUAAUCCCAAUCACGAUAUACUUAGAGCGCAACCCCAUGGCCAGCAUACCGACGCAAGCUGACGCUGAUUAACCCCAGUCUGCACCAGAUCGAUGCAACUCUGUGUAGAUACGCGUACUUGCCAAGUAACCCAACAUACUUGGAGCGCAACCCCACGGCCUCUAACCCUACCAACGCAAGCUGAAUCUCAUUAUACCCAGCCUGCACCAGAUCGACAUCACCGUGUGUACUAGUAACCCCAACAAACAAAACUUCGCUAAAUCUGGAUGCACCUUUAUUCAAUAGAUUCCCAUGGCUGAGAAAUUUUACCACUUAGAGCUAAUGUAACCCGUAUUUGGAGCAUUCCAAGAAGUUGUCUACCAUUGUCGUACAAACGCGAGUUUUCUGAAAAUUUUCAGGUAUGGGAGUUUCUUUUUCUGUGACAAAAAUAUGCCCAGAGAAAUAAUCUUCGGCAUUAAACCCCAAAAAAAUUCUUAUACACUAAAUAAAAUUCGCUCGUACGGGACAACCCGUCAAACCCGUGGAAUACUUCAUUUACGGUACCGAACUUAAUGAAAUAUAAUUAAGUAGGUAUAAUACAUUUCAUAUUAGACCAACACUUAGAUGAUCCAACACGAGAUGUCAAAAUGUUCUAAUCGUGAAUUUAGUAUAAUUUUUAUAUGAAAAGAAAACACAAAAAAAUCUGGUAAUAUAAAUGUACAUCUAAAUACAAUAUGUUUAAAAUAAGUGCAGCUUUUUGUUAUAUUUAUAUUAUUUUACAUUUAUUAAUUUAGUCUAAAUAAUUAAAUUAAAUAAUACUAUAUAAUAUAUGUUCAUAAGACUAAUUUUACUGUCGCUUGUUUUCAUUAAUAAGUAUUCGCUUGUUGCUGUGCUAAUCUUAAAAUUCAAGGUGUGUAUUUUAUUAGAUUUAAAUCAUUGUCACAUAUCAGUUAAACUGAAAUCAUUCAUAGCUGUAAUUUGUAUUGUGAUGUUAUUUUAUUUCCCUUCUAAACCAUGUCUAUAGUAAACUAUUUACUUGAAUUCUUAUUUAACAACUGCCUAAUAUAAUCUUAAUCUUAUGUUAUCUAGUUGGAAAAUAUACAGUUUUCAUUACUUAUUAUAAAGUGCCUAAAAUAAGCCAAAAUAAUACCAUCCUAAUCAUAUAACGAGGAAGUGUGCGAUGGUAAAGUAUUAGCAAUUAUAGGUAUUAGCAAUUUUCAGUGAGCAAGAGGUGCUCAAGAAACUUCCGUCUCGAAUAGGUAAACUGUGGAAUGAACUGUCGCCUGCGGUAUUUCUGGACCGAUAAGACCUACAAACCUUCAAGAAAAGAGCGUACUCCCAUCUUAUUCUUAAAUCUCGGCUUAAAUUCCGGCACCCCUCUGGUGCUGCGGGCGUCCAUGGGUAACGGUAAUCUCUUACCAUCAGGCGAUUCGUCUGCUCGUUCCCUAUCAUAAAAAAAUGCAGAUGGCGCUUCAAAUGUAAAUAUUGAAUUCCGUUUUUAUGUUUAAAAAUUUAAAUAAGGCCAGAGUCCGAAGCAAAGUGUGCUCACUCCAUACGUCAGUUUUCUUACCAAAGCGAUUAUUAUUUCCGAAGUGUAUUAGGAUUUAUCAGUACCGGUACGUGACAAAAAUGAAAAAUAUUCCAAUAGCCCCCUGCUAUGUUUUUAAUUUAAUACUUAAUAACUUAACGUAGGAAACGGAUUUAUUAAUGUCCAUUUCCUUUUAAAACCAAGCAAAAUAACUACGUCAUAAUAUUAAGAUGUAAUUAUAUGUUUAGAAUUUUAAUGCAUAGUGUAAUUUAACUCUUUAGUUAAAAUUAUAGAGCCAACAUAUUUUUUGAUGAUGUUUAUUUAAACUCCGAAUUUUCGGUGCAUUCGUUAAAUUUUAUUAUGUGCUAAUGCAUUUUUACCACAAUGUUGCAAGUUAUGCUUUAUUAACGUAUUUUAAAUGUAAUUAAUGCUUGUUUAUCGUUGACAUAUAUAUCUAAGGACGGGCCUUACGGGCACUAAGAAUGGUGCGAGCUAAUCGUGCAGUCUAACGCAACUACCAAUCGCGCAUGUGAUGAGAAUUCAUCAACCAAUCGCGUUGUGGCGUUAGACUGCACGAUUGGCUCAAAUUCGUGUGCGUGACACCGCUGUACUGGCCCUAUAAGUCAAUGUUGUUUACAGUAUAGUAUUUACUGAUUCCAUUACAUCUAUUACGACGCGUAUUAAUUAUGAAUAAACAUUGUUAUAUGUAAAAUUAAGUAUAUGUUGCUGUAGUUCGAUGUAAACACACGCAAAUCAGCAUCUAUAUCAUCUUUAUUUAUCGAGUCAGGUAUUAUCAGUCAAUUGAAAACAGUGGUCUCUCCAAUCACUCCAUACUAAACUUGCAAACCGAAAUCCACCUUCGGACUUUGUUAUAAGGUUUAUUUUUGAAAUAACAUUAUAAAGAGUUGGCGUGUUAGUUAAAAAGCUAUAAUUUCCAAGACAUUCAUUAACUUGUAUGAAAUCGUGUACUGAUCAUGAUACUAUACCAGUAACUGAUAGUGCCUGAUGACCUGAUCACGAAAAUGAAUACACGAUUUUUGUUUUAGGGCCUGUUUUACAAUGUCCAAGUAAAGUCUUGUAUAAGCUAUUUGCCACUUGUCUGAUGAAUAAAGUCAUCGUUGGCGUUUCACAAUCUUCAAAUAGGCUUAACGGGUAGAUACAGUACUAUGUUUUGCGGUUAAUUUAUUUGUUAAUUAGCUAUCCAAUAUUUGCACAUUGUGAAACAGGCCCAUAAACUAUUAAUUAACAAUAAACGAAUGUUCGACAUGGAAUUUAUUAUUAAUAAUUGUAGCUGAAUGUAUUUUAGCAAUUUUAAACAGUUUUUACUGGAGAAUUGUAGGUAUUGUUGAGGAUAAAGCACAUAUUGUUAAGUUAAGCGUAAGCGUAGUCGCGUCUUCCACUUUCAAAAUGGAGUUCGCAAUAAAUGUUUGCAAAUAA